AUGACCUCAAAAACCUCAAUCCCCACUGCGGACAACGAGAACUGGAGAAUGAACAAUCAUUCGAAAACUACCUAUGGACCAGAUCCUGAAAUUGUUUUGCGAACACCAUGUCGUUCCAGCUAUGCACCUAAUGAAGACACCCACAAACAAAUCAGAGUAUAUCUCUUCCAGGUUCUUGGAAGGCGGCGCAAUGAUCUUGCACUGCACUUGCCAUCUGUGAUGCCUCUGUGGGGGAAGAUGAGGAUAAUUAGUGGUGGUGAUCUGAUCAGGACCAAAUAUGCUCUGAGGGGCAUGAGCAAUUUCGAAGUCUCAUAUUCUGACGCAGGAGAAUCACGACCUGUUGAUGUGAUUGGUUAUGGCCAGCUGGACAAGAUUUCAAUUUGUGAACUCGGCGAACACAAAAUUUACAGGUUCCUACGCAAUACAACACUCAUCCUUGCACUUAUAACACCAUGCAACACUGAUGGAACAGAUGCAUUGAUAUCCCUAGUUGGAUACAAAGAGUUUGUUGCACCAGUAGUCACGGAUGUGUGA